AUGGAUGACUACGAGGUAUUCGACGUUGAGGACUUGAAUGAUUUUUUGGAACAGCUUGAUAGACAAGAAAGCUCUUUUUUACAAAUAAGCUCAAACCUAAAAGUUGAUGGAACUGACUCAGAAGUGGAAUGGGGAAUUACCUCCAUUGAACAUGACACUAUAGAAGCGGAUAUGUUUAGGAAAAAGACUUUGUAUGAUUUGUUUCGAAAACGUCGGGGUUACCUUAAUGUAACUGAUCUGGUGUCGCCUUUAUGGUGUGAAGUACAACAGGAUUACUAUUUGACUAAAAAAAUAAAAAAGACCUCCCCACAAAUGAUAAAAGGGAGCUCUGUACACCAACACCUUGAAUAUGAAACAACACCGCCUACGGAUCGCAUUUUGCUGAAUAAAACUUCGAAAGAAGAGCCUUGGGCCCUUAAAAUUCUGAAGCAAAUUGAAGGGUUACAGCAGCUAUAUCUGAAUGGAAUCACUCGAGAAUUCCCUAUUUGGGGACUUUACAAAGAUUCGUUUGUUGUGGGUAUUAUUGAUGAAAUCAGCCUUGCCCAGCAAGGAACAAGUACAAAAGAGCAUAGCGAUAUUCGUGAUUUUUGGCUCCCAGGGACAAGAAAUAUUUAUUUUACUGAUAAUAAAACCAGGUUUUCUAAUGCGAAACCAAGUAUUUCUCAAGUCUUUCAAUCAAAGAUACAAGUUAUGUACUACGCUCAUCUUUUUCUUCACUAUUUUCCCUCAUUGAACAUUAAGUCUACUCAACCUUUGUAUGCUACACAAAAAGAUGACAACCAAAUGAAGCUAGAAAAACCUUGGAUGGAUUCAUUUCUUAACAGUUUGAAUCUGGAUGGCUCUAAAGAUUUGGGCACAGAGUUUUUGGAGCAGAGUAUUCGGACAAUCCCAACGAUACCUGAAGACGAUUUUAAAGAAAAUAAUUCCUUGAAUGGACUAUACAAAAUUUCUUCAAAAUUAGCACGGCGUUUGCGCCUAAAUAUUUCUGAUAAAAAUUUGGGCAUUACAUACUGGAACCCUCAAACACAACAGCCGUUGCACGUUGAAAAGUUUAACUAUGAACCUACUACAUUAGAUGACUGCUAUAAUAGAGUAAAUUCAUUAUGGCGCACCAUGAGAGAACCUGUUGGUGUCUCUCCUAACGAAGUAUUUAAAUGUCGCAGCUGUGAAUUUCGUGAGGAAUGUUGGUGGCUUCAGAAGAAGCAGAGCAUGCCUAUUCGUAAUUUUGAAUAA